AAGCUACGAACUCUUCAAUUUUUGUUUAUUUUGUGUGGAUUUCCGGUUAAGAGUCGUCUGUCUUGAGCUUUCCUUUUCUCGGUUAUCUUGGACAAAAUUCGAUAUGGCAACAAACUUAAAAGUCUGUGAGAUAGACGAGAGUUUAAUACCGCUAUUCAAGAAAUUUCGCUUCAGGAAGAACACAAAUAAUGCUGCAAUAGUGAUGAAGAUAGACACAAGUAAGCUGCUGGUGGUGUUAGAUGAUGAGUACGAGGAUAUGACCCCAGAUGAAUUAAGAGCUGAACUACCUGAACAUCAACCAAGAUAUGUACUCUUUAGUUACUGUUAUCACCAUGACGAUGGAAGAAUAUCAUAUCCACAGGUGUAUAUUCACAUACAUCCAGAAGGUUGCAAACCAGAAUUAGCUAUGAUGUACAGUGGAUCUAAUAAUUCUGUUGUACAAGCAAUUGGUGCUACUAAGCAUUUUGAAUUACGGGACUUGGAUGAGUUCACAGAAGAAUGGAUGCGACAAAAACUGAAAUUUUUUAGAUGAAUACAAGGAAUUUCACUUUACUUAGCAGUCAACGUAGUUUAUGUUUCUUGAUAUCUAUUUAGCCAGGUCAAACACUGAUAAUAUAUAGUACACAUUUUUUAUCAUGAAAUACUCUCAAGAAAAAACAUAGUUGUCCACAUGGAAUUAAGAAAUGCCCAUGAACAACUCAAUUGCAGGUAUCAUGAUAUGUGAUAUUGAUAUUAUUAAUUGAAACAAAUUAGCAUAAAAAUAGAAAAAAUAUAUGUUUAUGCAACUGGGAAUGUAAUAUAUAUGUUGUCACUCUUCAUUUUAUGUAAUCAUAUGAAUUAGAUUGAAUCUGUGGCAAUAAUGAUGGAAAUAUAAAGCAAUUUCAUCACAGAAGAUCAACCAGGGCUCCCUAACACAAAGAUUAGUGAUCAAUCGCUAAAUGAACUGACCAAUCAAGAUCAAGUUUACACGCAAAUCUGGCGCAAAAUAUUGACCAGGAACCAAUCAAAAGUGUUCUUUCAUAUUUGCAAUUCAUCGCAAACCUUUGUGUUACGGAGCCCAGUUGUCUGAUCGUCAUGCACUUUCAAUGGCAUUAAUAUUUUGGCCAAAUCAGUGCCUGAUAAACAUAAUGCUUGAUUUCCAUUGAUGACAUUGGAUCUAUUUCACUCAUUAAAGUUCAUAUAUAUUGUUCACAAAAUAUUUUAAAAUCAAGAUUUCAAGGAAAAAUCAGGACAGUAACUGUUAGAAUGUUGGAGAGCUGUAGCUUCAGCAUAAGUUAAUGGUUUGCUACUGUAUGCUGAAUUUGUGUAUUUCUGCGCAUAGACAAGAGUUGCAGACAAACUGAAUUGCAGUUUGAGUCAUGGAAAGUUGCUAAAAUACAUGCCUUUUUUUAUCACUGAAUGCUGAGCAUAUUUCUUUUCUUUUCAUGACUUGAUGAAAAAUCUCGGCUUGCUGGGAUGAGGCCACAACAGCAGUCUGGGCCCCGUCUUACAGAGAGUUGUGACUGAUCAACCUCAAAUAUAUGGAAAUCCAUCAAUGUCAUGAUUUUUCCUACAGGAAAUUUGUACCAUAUCUUUUUGUAAACAAAAAGGAGCACACUGAAUUCUCAAGACAACAAUGAAUGUAUGAGUGUUCAUCAUCAUGUAGAAAACAGUUUAAACAAACAUGCAUUUUAGAUGUUGCUGGCUUUCCAUAGUAGUGGUUGAUCAAGAUCAAUCACACCUUGUAAGACAGAACCGUGAUGUCCGUUUCUGAUGGCCUUUGACAAGAUGUUGCUGGCUUUCCAUAGUUGUGGUUGAUCAAGAUCAAUCACAACUCCUUGUAAGACAGAACCAUGAUGUCAGUUUCUGAUGGCCUUUGGCAAGAUGUUGCUGGCUUUCCAUAGUUGUGGUUGAUCAAGAUCAAUCACAACUCCGCCUUUGUUAGACAGAACCAUGAUGUCCGUUUCUGAUGGCCUUUGACAAGAUGUUGCUGGCUUUCCAUAGUUGUGGUUAAUCAAGAUCAGUCACAUUUCUUUGUAAGACAGAGCCAUGAUGACCAUUUCUGAUGGCCUUUGACAAGAUGUUACUUGCUUUCCAUAGUUGUGGUUGAUCAAGAUCAAUCACACCUUGUAAGACAGAACAAUGAUGUCAGUUUCUGAUGGCUUUUGGUGAGAUGUUGCUGGCUUUCCAUAGUUGUGGCUGAUCAAGAUUAAUCACAACUCUUUGUAAGACAGAACCAUGAUGUCAGUUUCUGAUGGCCUUUGGCGAGAUGUUGCUGGCUUUCCAUAGUUGUGGUUGAUCAAGAUCAAUCACAACUCCGUGUAAGACAGAACCAUGAUGUCAGUUUCUGAUAGCCUUUGGCAAGAUGUUGCUGGCUUUCCAUAGUUGUGGUUGAUCAAGAUCAAUCACAACUCCGUGGAAGACAGAACCAUGAUGUCCAUUUCUGAUGGUCUUUGGCAACAGGACCACCACUAAUGUUAAACCUUGCUAUUGAUCGCAACUGUAACUAUAGUGUUAAAAAACUGAAGUUCAUAUAGGUCAGGAAAUUACGGUACUGGAAUAUUCAAGAAAUGUCAAGGAAAGUCAAUGAAUUUGUGACUUCAGGAAAUUUGUGAAAACUAAUGUAUAAAAACAGGUUUGUUUUGCACAAGUCCUCAAAAUUCUUGGCACUCAGGUUGUCUUUGUUCCUCCUGCUCAUUUUUUAUUUCUUACUAAGACAGCACACAUGACCAUUGACCCAAUCACGGAAUUCAGAAAAUGUACAAGUGUGUAAACCCUGCAUUUAUCACUUCUAUCUGUAAGAUAUUGGAUGACUAUAUUUUUGUUGUAGUAAGAAUAUUGUUUGUCAUGGAAGAAACUUGAUAUUCAAAUUUAAUGUAUCUUUCCUUAUUUAUUCUUGCAUCCAAUUCUAGUUCAGCAUUAUUCGUGUAAAUUUAUUAGGUUCUUGUAAGAUUAGAUGGUCAGUUUUGUUAUUUUUGAAAUAAUGAUUUAAUGUCGCAAAAACUUUUCUACGUGUAGUCUUAUUUGUGCACAAAGGAGUCACUGUCAAAUUCAGUUUAUUAUUCAAUUUAAUUCAUUUUGCUGUAAGAGCAUGUAUGUGUGUGUGUUUAAGUAAUUAUUAGUGCAAAUGGGGAAAUAUUUUUUUCAAUAUUUCCUUCCUAUCAUUAUAGUUUCACAUAAGGGCAAUUUUGCUACAUAUUUGUUUGCCAAGAACAUCACAUUAUCAGACAGUCUUGAUCUAUGCCUUGGGCACUCUGCAGAGUGGAUUUGGCACAUUACAAAUCACAAAUAUUAUUAUUAGGAUUACUAUUUUCUCUUGCCCAUACUAUUUUGUAAGUCUGCACUGGCUUUGUACACAGUAUAUAGAGGAAUUACUUGUAUGCUACAUUAACAACACUGUAAAAGGAGCAGAUGAAUAAUGCUGGAGGUCCAAAUUACCAACCCAGGUAUCAAAUCAUCCAAACACUUGUAUAUGAAAGAGAAAAAUAUAGCUUUGUUUUUUUUUUACCUAAUUGCUAAUUGCGAUGAGUCAUGCAUGAAUGAAUAAUAAAUCAUUAAGAGUGAUCAUGCAUAUUUUCAGACCUUCCUGUGGUCAUUAAAAGGUAACUCACAAUAAAAAUGACUAAUUUCAUAUUUAUUUGUGUAUUAAGAGAAGAGAUGAUAUGCUCUCAAUUUGAUAUAAAAUUCUGAUACUUCCUGUUUUAUUCAUUCAGCCAGGAAAUGAAAUAUGACCAAUUGAUCUAAUUGCACCCCUUUUUCAGAAGUCAAAGAGGCAACAGCAGUCACGCAUUCAUUUGUCUAAAAUCGUUUGCAAAGUGUGUAAUGCUGAUUAAAAUACUCAGAUUUGUAUAUCAAAAGAAGGCACUUCAUCUCCUCUCUCAGAAAAAAAAAAGAAAUCAGACAUGAUCAUUGAAGCAUUGCAUGCUUUGCUUCAAUAAUCAGAGCGAGGUAUAAAAAUAUGCAUUAUUGCAUAUAAUCAUUCAUUCUACACUGCUCAUAAUUUGAAAGUACGUGUAAAACAAAGGCUAUACUUUUCAUUCAUAUGAUUUUAAAUUCAUACACUUUAUGAUCGCUAGAUGAGAGUUUUUUUCCAGCAUAGUUCAUCUCCUUCUUCAGUGUUUUUUUUUUACAUUGUUCUUAUUUACAGUGUACAAAUAAUUAAUUGCCAUUGUUUUAUUCAAAGGUGUGAACAUUGUUAAAAUCAAAUUACAAAGGGCCAUGGUGAUCAAGUGCUGCAUUUCUAAUAUUUUACAAUUGUAAUAAUGAGUGAUGUCAAUACUAAUUACAGUUUAACAGGAAAUUAUACAGAUUACUUAUCUAUGAUAAUGUAAUGAUGUUCUCACUUAGCAUUUUGCAUACUAUUAUUUUAACAUUAAUUACCCUAUAACAAAAAGACACAAUAUUUUGGGGGCCUUUGAUAAAUCUGGUCAUAAAUCCAUUCAUGCCAUCAUCUCAAUAUAUUUUGUUUUUGCCAUGGGCAUACAUCAUUUAUUGCAAUAAAUGUGUUCUCUGAAUAUUUCAACUUGCUUAAUGCAAUUUUGCUUAAUCUAAAAACCCCAUUAGGCUAAUCGUAUUCCGUUUGGUUCAUUACGUUGUGAAUAACUUAAUGAGCAGCCUUGUGAAAUGUGGGCUGGUAAUAAUUAACUUCCUACUUUGUAUGCUGUCGUUCACAUCAUAUAUUUAUAUCAUGCUGUAAUUUCAUCUAUUAUUGAGAACUAAAAUUUAAAAGGUUUCCUGGCACUUGACACGGCUGUCUCUAUUAGGACAUAUUUCUUGGUUUUUUUUAAAGUCUUCCACUAUUCUACUUUCAUCUUUCUACUUCAGGUUCUUCAUCACAUUAAUGACUUUCAACUUUUGUAUGCUCCAAACAAGCUAAUGUUAUAGAAUUAUUAUGUGAAAAUAUCACAUUAUGUUGGAUAAAAUAGGUCAGUAUGCGUAUGUGUAUUUAUACUCAUGAUAUGACUAACAGUUGUAUUUGAUUGAGUUAGUAUACUUGUACAUUAUGCACGAAUACCAUUUCUUGAAAUUAGUUUAUGAUUAAGUAUGAUGGAUAAUCAUGUUUUGAAAUGUAUUUUAGAUUGUUUAAUGAUGUAUUAAUAAGUUUUAAAUAAAGUUUGGUAUUGCAGGUCUGGGAAGACAUUUUUUUUCCACAUUUAUAUCAUAUUGAUAUUUUACUAGAUCCCCUUUGGCAAUGGUGUUCAAGUUAUCAUAUCAAGAGACUAAGGCCCGAAAUUCACAAAUAUGGUUUUUAAAACCAUCGGUUGAAACCCAUGGUUUAUGCAGAUUUCCUGUAUAAAUUACGCUUAUUUUUAGUCAUUAGUCCACUGUUUGAAGAGUGGACUCAUGAAUAAAAUAGUGUGGAUAACCACGGCAACAGGAGUCAAUUGGCGCACUGUGACAAAAGCGCGCAUCAGCAUUGGACAUUUGUUUUAAUAUAUGCAGUAAAUAAGCGUAAUUUAGUGCGUAAAUCUGCAUAAAUCAUGGACUCAACCGUGGGUUUUUAAAACUUUUGUGAAUUUAGGCCUUUUGUGAAUUUAGGGGCUUCUGGAUAUAUGAAACUUAGUAAAUAGUGGCAUGGUGCAUCCUGUCAAUAUAACAUAAUUUUGGCCAUUGGAGAACAUUGAAAAAAUUGACCAAACUAAUAAGAUAAUUUUUUACCAUAGUUGAAGAUGAGUGCAAUAUUGACUUUGUACAUUCAAAAUUUCUGAUGGGUGUAUAUUCCCAUCUUUAGAGGGGCAUGCCACAUUCUAAUCAAACAAAAAGUUUGGAGGGGCAAGUCACAUUCUGAUCAAACAAAAAGUUUGGAGGGGCAAGUCACAUUCUGAUCAAGCAAAAAGUUUGGAGGGGCAAGUCACAUUCUGACCAAACAAAAGUUUGGAUUGUCGAGCCAUAGAGCUAUGUGGUAUGCCUGGGAACACUGGGAAUGGGUAGAAUAUUGAAAUAUUUCCUCGCCCAAUCAUUGUAAAUUAUCAUUGAGGAACUGUGAGGGCUAUGAUUUAUAAUUAAUUUAUCAUUAUGGCAAAUAAUGAUUCACCAUACAUCCGUUUUCUAUCUGUCCAUAUUUAUGUGAUCUCAUGAAUGACCUAAUCGAUUUUCUCAAUGAAUAUUGUGAUGGAUUUGUAAAUCAAUUAUGUAAAAUAAUGUAAGUUGAAAAACUGAAUAUUUUGGCUAAUUAGCACCAUUGAUAUCAUGAUAAUGUUCAAUUUCUUCGUUUGUUCCACUUUAGCCUCUAUUUGUUUAAAUCUUCAAGUAAUAUUUUUGGGUGAAAUGAUGGUUCUUCAAAAGGUUCCUCAUAUCUGUCAUAAGCAUGUUGUCACUCUUAUAAAGAAAAGAGACCAAAUUGAAUUUAAGAUGAUAAUAUUGGUGUGCUAUUUGAGGCUUGCUUUUUUUUUUACAUCUUUGAAAACGAAUGGAAAUUAAUGUGACCAACAUUUUGAGAAAACACAAGAUUUGCAAAUGAACUAGAUUAUGUUUCUGAUUUCUUCAAUGUAAUCAUCAUAAUAUUCUGUUGCUCAAGUGCCAUCUUAACAUUUAUAUUUGAUAUUUAGUAAAGUGUUUGUCAAUAAUUGCAAUAAUCACAUACAUUGACGUUAUACAUGAUUCUCCUUUGAUUUUUCACUAAUUAGAUGGCUGAGGCAUUGGAAUUGUGUAUUUAAAUCCUGCUGUAAAAAUUAUUGUAGAUUAAAAUUUGAUAUUUAAUCAUUCAACUGGGACAUAUUGGUAAACAGAAUUUUGUACACUAAUAAAGAUUUUGAACAAAUAUA